CUGCUAAUGUAAACUUAACAGAACUAAUUCUGACAUAAACAAACCAUUUUCCACGUAUUAGAAUUGUUUUCCCAUUUGUUUUUCUGUUUAUACAAUGUCGUCAUGGAUAACAGGAUUGGCAGAUAAGGCAGAGAAUAUAUUGAAUAAAAUCGAUCAAAAUGCUGCUACCGCUUUGCACACUGAUGCUGCGCCCAAUUUGGAUGCAAUGAAGAAAAAUUUAACCAGCAGCACACAAUCCUUGAAAACAGCAAUAUCUCCCGCUAAGCGCCCUAGCAGCAGCCACAGCAGCACUCCCAUGACCUUAUCCAUGGUGGGCAAUAGUGCAUCUAGUGCCAAGAGCGAGGGUGCUCAUAUAGUGACCACGGAGCUGCGGCAAAAAUUACCUACUUCAGCAAGUUUUUCUAUUGGCAGCGACGUUGGAAGCAACAUGGAUACACACGAGUUGGCGGCAUUCAAGAUUGCACUCAGUGAAAUCACAGGAGAGCGUGAUGAGUUGCGACUGCGUCUGGAGGAGCUCAAUCGCGACAGCGAGAACUUGGGUUUAAAGCAACGCGCACAAGAACUGGAGCACCUGACACAAACGUUGUCAGAAGAGCGUGAUAAAGCUGUGCAUGACUUGAACGAGGCGCAAUCAGCACACAUGGCAUAUGUGCACUCCAUCUCGGAAUUGGAAUCCAAUCUGGCCAAGCUUCAGCAGGAGUACGUGAGCACAGCGCAGAAGCUACAAAUGCAGAUCAAGGAAACAGAUCAACAGCGCACCGAGCUGCAAGAGUAUCGCACCAAAGCACAGCGAGCACUGCAAGCCAAGGAUGCGCUAAUCGCCGAGCUGAAGGCGAAUCCCACAAAAGAAGGCGAUGGCACCGAGUUGACUAAUAAGGACAGCGAAUCGCGCUUUUUGCAAAUCGAAUAUGACGCCCUAAAACAGGAGUUGCAGCAUGCCAACGAAGAGCAGCAGACACUGCGUCUUCAGCUCGAUGGCUACAUCGCCCAAGAGAGGCAACAUGAGCUGGACAUUGGUGUCGCCCGUCAACGUGAACAAACUCUAGCCAAAGAGUUGCGCACAGCCCGCGAGCACAACGUUGCCAUCGAGUCUGAGCAACGCAUGCUCACCCAGGAGCUAUCGUCGCUGCGCCAACAGAUGAGCAAUCAAAUGGCUUCGGCAGCCACGCGAUUGCAGGAGAAAGAGCAGCAAUUGCAACAGCAGCGCCAGCAACUCAGCGAGUCCGAUGCUUCCAAUGCUAAAACUGACUACGAGAAUCGUCUUAAGGCCCUCACACAAUCGCUGGUCGAGCGUCAAGGGUUGCUGGAACGCGUCACAUCUGAACGCAAUGCACUGCGCCUGCAGCACGAGAAUAUGCAGCAACAGAUUCAACAGAACAUGCAUGCCAUUGAGAUGGGGCAUCAACGGAACAGCGGCAGUUCACGCAGCACGCUGCUCUCGAACAGCACAGAUGAUGUCAAGGCACAGUUUCCCCUACUCAUGCAUCCAAGUCCCUUUGACAAUCGUGUUGCCCGUCGUUUUAAGCGUGCUCUGCGUCAUGCCGACUCUGUGGGCAUAAGGGUGGGUGCGUUUCUACGUCGUUAUCCCAUGAUGCGUAUUGGCAUGAUUCUCUAUGUGGCAUUGCUGCAUCUGUGGGUCAUGUUUGUGCUACUCUCAACGACACCCAACUAAAAAUCGAAUUCCAAUUGAGCAAUUGUACAUAUAUUUUCAACAUGUGUUAAGUAUGUAUGUAUUAUGUAUUAUAUUUUACAUAAGUUAUUUGUGGCAAAAUUGUAAUGUGUUAUUAGCUCAUUGACAGGGGGUAACAAUUAUUAUUUAUUUGUAAUCUGAAGGGAGGAAAUAGUAAAUUCAAUAAACACUUCAACUAUGUACAAAU